CUAGUGAAAAAAUGAAAGACAUAACAUUUGAUAAACUUGUGGAGAAAAUUGCUGAGAGAGAAAAAGCCUUUGGGAAGAAGGAGUCACUUCCCAAUGCUGAGACUUUGUGUCUUGCACAACAGGGGCAACCAUCCAAAGAUGAAUCUACGAGACAUGACACUAGUAGUAGAGGUCGUGGCAGAAGACAGUCAAGAGGAAGGGGGGGUAGAAAUUACCAAGGUGACAGACAACAUUCACAGCCACAAAACCAGCAUAGAGACUUCCAAUACAGAGACAAUCACCCCAGAGACAAGCAAUCUCUGCAGUGCUAUAGAUGUGGAAAAAUGGGCCAUUCAGCCAGUCUUUGUAGAACUCCUUGGGAGAAGAUUCGUGACAAGAAAGAGCAGCCACCAAACAAAGAUACUGGAGCUACGUGCCAUAUGACAUUUAGAAAAGACUUCUUUGAGACAUUCAAUGAUCAAGUAGAUGGAGUGGUUUAUUUUGCUGACAGGUCUCAGUUAAAGCCUUCAGACAACAAGGUCACUCCAUACAUAUGUAUGAUGGCAUCAUUGAGAUUAAACGAGCUUCUGAUCGUGUGAUUAUCAUGACCGGAGUGGAAGAGGACAAACUGUUAAAGUUGAAAGGUACCUCAUCUACUU